AUGACUUCCAAUGGUGAAGAAAUCGAAGAAGAAGAAGAAUUAUCAAGAAUUGAGAAAGGCCAAGCCAAAAAUUGCCAUGGAGGAAUCGAGACAGUCAUAUGUACUUCUCCAAGUAUUGUUUGCCUUACGCAAAAGUUGAUAGCCGAGAUGAUAGGGACGUAUUUUGUAAUAUUUUCUGGAUGUGGAGUGGUGGUAGUGAAUGUAUUGUACGGUGGAACAGUGACGUUCCCAGGGGUAUGUGUGACUUGGGGUCUCAUUGUUAUGGUUAUGAUUUACUCUACUGGUCACAUCUCCGGUGCACAUUUCAAUCCUGCCGUCACCUUCACUUUUGCUAUCUUCCGCCGGUUUCCCUGGUAUCAGGUACCAUUGUAUAUUGGUUCACAACUUGCAGGAUCGUUACUAGCUAGUUUAACAUUAAGACUAAUGUUCAAAGUAACACCUGAAGCUUACUUCGGAACAACUCCGACUGAUUCGGCUGCACGAGCGCUCGUUGCGGAGAUCAUUAUCUCAUUUCUUCUCAUGUUCGUUAUCUCCGGCGUUUCAACUGAUAGUCGCGCGAUUGGAGAAUUAGCUGGAAUUGCGGUAGGGAUGACUAUAAUGUUAAAUGUAUUUGUGGCCGGACCGAUUUCUGGAGCAUCAAUGAAUCCAGCAAGAAGUUUAGGACCAGCAAUUGUGAUGGGAGUUUAUAAAGGAAUUUGGGUUUACAUUGUUGGUCCUAUCAUCGGAAUUGUGGCCGGAGGUUUUGUUUACAACUUUAUCAGAUUUACGGAUAAACCACUAGGGGAACUCAGUAAAAGUUCUUCUUUCCUCCGUAAAGCUUCUCCCAACAACAAUGCUUCUAGUUCUGACAGCUAA